AUGGCGAAUACAGGCAGAGAGCGAUAUAUGAAAGGGGAUAUUUUGCGGAUUCCGAUGGAGGUGGGUGUGAAAAUUUGCAAGUACCUCAAUGCCACUGAGUUGAUGAAUUUGUACUCGGCGAUUCCACAAUGGAGGUGGAUCCUUUACACUCCACCAUUCGCCUAUAUUGUACGCGAGAUGAUGGAGGAGUGGAAGUGGAUUGACAAACACAUAUGUUUGUUGCUUUUCAGCGGAGACGCCGAGAUCACGCACACCAAAGCUGUUUUGGCGACAGCGUACCACAAUCAGCAAGAUGCCCUCCACCAUCGCCUGGUGCACACAAAAUUGCCUGAAUAUGCACAAAAACCUGUGCAUUGUUUGUUCCUUACAUCAAGAUCUGACACAAGUAGGCUGGAAGACAAUGUGAAAGAGUAUCAGUGCGAUUUACAAGUGUUGAAACACGAAUCACCGACACGCAUCUACUUCGAUGUGACUAAUGAUGCGAUUCACUUUUUCCGCAAUUGGCAAAGGUCUUCACAAGCAUCAGGUGGAAGUUGUCUGCAAAAGCUGACGCAUGUGGCUGGAUCGGGGAGGGAAGGAGAGGGAAGAAGGCUUUUGACAGACUACGAUUGCGUCAUCAUAGAUGCUGACUAUGGCGAUGACAAUGGCAUAUACUCGGACAUGGAUGAACUACUGCUUAGCAUGACCGCAAGCCAAACAUUUGUCACAACUGGUUCGUUGCUCUACAUCAAGGGCCUUGUGAGCAACCUCGAUUGCAUGAAGGAGAUGCUUUGGAGCCUAGACGGGAUGGAAUCCUCGCCGCUACCUCAAGUGGCUGCCAAUUGGCGAAUUUGGUGCAACCAGUACCAAAACAAUUUCGGCAUUGAUUUAGUGGAGAUAGUGCGAUGGACCUGCCUUGACAUCAUCGUGAGGAGGAGUGGGGAAACAUUGCACAAUUGA